UCGGGCGCUGCGGUCCCGGCGGUGGCCAGAAGGGGACAAGCAGAAGGGCUGGGGCGGCGUCGGCGACAGCAGCAGCGAGAGCGAGAGCAGCGGCAGGAGCAAGAGCGGAGCCUCGCGGAGAGAGGCGCCAGGCAGGUAGAGCGAGCUCCCGCGGCGGCCUCGUCGCUUCGCUGCCCGCUGAAAACGGCUGUGAGGGAGGCGCCUCCAUGUCGGACAACCAAAGCUGGAAUUCCUCGGGCUCCGAAGAGGAUCCCGAGACCGAAUCCGGGCCGCCUGUUGAGCUCUGCGGAGUCCUCAGCAAGUGGACCAACUACAUCCAUGGGUGGCAGGACCGGUGGGUGGUCUUGAAGAACAAUACUCUAAGUUACUACAAGUCUGAAGAUGAAACUGAGUAUGGCUGCAGAGGCUCAAUCUGUUUGAGUAAGGCUGUCAUUACACCCCAUGAUUUUGAUGAGUGCAGAUUUGAUAUUAGCGUGAAUGAUAGCGUUUGGUAUCUACGGGCUCAAGAUCCAGAUCAUAGACAACAAUGGAUAGAUGCAAUUGAACAGCACAAGACUGAAUCUGGCUAUGGAUCAGAGACGAGCUUACGGCGCCAUGGCUCUAUGGUAUCCCUUGUGUCUGGAGCGAGUGGGUAUUCGGCAACAUCGACCUCCUCAUUCAAGAAGGGCCACAGUUUGCGUGAGAAGCUUGCUGAAAUGGAAACCUUCAGAGACAUAUUGUGUAGACAGGUUGAUACGCUACAGAAAUACUUUGAUGCCUGUGCUGACGCUGUCUCCAAGGAUGAACUUCAGAGAGAUAAAGUGGUAGAAGAUGAUGAAGAUGAUUUCCCUACAACACGCUCUGAUGGGGAUUUUUUGCACAAUAGUAAUGGAAGUAAGGAAAAAUUGUUUCCACAUGUAACGCCCAAAGGAAUAAAUGGCAUUGACUUUAAAGGGGAAGCUAUAACUUUCAAGGCAACGACUGCUGGAAUCCUUGCUACGCUUUCCCAUUGCAUUGAGCUAAUGGUAAAACGUGAAGAAAGCUGGCAGAAAAGAUUGGAUAAGGAAAUUGAAAAAAGGAGGAGAAUAGAAGAAGCCUACAAAAAUGCUAUGACAGAACUUAAAAAAAAGUCUCAUUUCGGUGGGCCAGAUUAUGAGGAAGGUCCCAACAGUCUGAUUAAUGAAGAAGAAUUCUUUGAUGCUGUAGAAGCUGCUCUUGAUAGGCAAGACAAAAUCGAAGAACAGUCCCAGAGUGAAAAGGUCAGAUUACACUGGCCAUCAUCAUUGCCACCUGGUGAUGCAUUUUCUGGUGUGGGGACUCACAGAUUUGUCCCAAAGCCCUAUAGUCGCUCUUCCUCCAUGUCUUCCAUUGAUCUAGUCAGUGCCUCUGAUGAUGUUCACAGAUUCAGCUCCCAGGUGGAAGAAAUGGUGCAGAACCACAUGACCUAUUCAUUACAGGAUGUGGGGGGAGAUGCUAAUUGGCAGCUGGUGGUUGAAGAAGGUGAAAUGAAGGUGUACAGGAGGGAAGUGGAAGAAAAUGGCAUUGUUCUCGAUCCUUUGAAGGCCACACAUGCAGUCAAAGGCGUCACAGGGCAUGAGGUCUGCCACUACUUCUGGAAUGUUGAUGUUCGUAAUGACUGGGAAACAACCAUUGAGAAUUUCCAUGUAGUAGAAACUUUAGCAGAUAAUGCCAUCAUAAUCUACCAGACGCAUAAGAGAGUGUGGCCUGCUUCUCAACGUGAUGUGCUGUAUUUGUCUGCUAUUAGAAAAAUACCAGCUUUCAAUGAAAAUGACAGUGAAACAUGGAUUGUCUGCAACUUCUCUGUGGAACAUGAUAGUGCUCCUUUGAACAAUCGAUGUGUUCGUGCCAAAAUAAAUGUUGCUAUGAUAUGUCAGACGCUGGUAAGCCCACCAGAAGGGAACAAGGAGAUAAGCAGAGACAACAUCCUAUGCAAGAUUACCUAUGUAGCAAAUGUGAACCCUGGAGGUUGGGCACCAGCUUCUGUGUUACGGGCAGUAGCAAAGCGAGAGUACCCAAAAUUCUUGAAGCGGUUCACAUCGUAUGUGCAAGAGAAAACGUCAGGAAAGCCUAUUUUGUUCUAGUGUUAACAGUGAUUGGAACAAGGCUGUGUGAACAUUCCACAUGGAGAAAUGAACCAAAAUGAAUGCUCCAAGCUGGAACGUAGGAUCUACAGUCUUAUGACCCAAGUCCUGGAUUCUGUACUCAACUGAAGAAAUACUGCAAUGCCAUGACGCUGAUCAUUCACUGUCUUUUGCUAGCUCAACUUGCUGAAUUGGUGUGUAAUUAUAAACAAAACACAAAAUACAUGUGUUGAUACAUGUAUGUGGCUCUACUUUAUUUGCUUGCUUUAGAGAAGAAAAAUACAACUUUUGGGUCACCAACUUGGUUUAUUGCUUUAACUUUUGAAUAAUUUGAAAAGCUUUUGUUUACUGUGGAUCUUCAUCAUAAGACACUUGCACAGCUUCCAUUUUGUGUAUGUCUAAAAAAAGCACAAAGGACAAAUGCACAUAUAACAUACUGUAUGUGCUUUAUAUACACAAAAACCUGUGUGUUGUAACUUUUUUCCCUUCAGGUUUUCAGUAAACUCUGUGUCUUUCGGGGGGAUUUUUUGUUUGCUUUGUAUAAUCAUAGUUCAUUGCUGCUGGUUUCUAUGAUAAAUCAUAUUGUUAUGUAAGACAUCUCUUAAUAAUGAGAGGGUUGUCGAGAUCCUUAUGACUGCCUUUUCUAUGGUCUUGCUCCUAUGAAGAUCUUCAGGGUUCUGAUGGAGUAAGUGUGAAAAGCUUUAUUUUCCCCUCCCCCAGAUAUCUUUAUAUUUCUAUUGUAUUUUUUAGUUGUGUAAAAUGUGCUACAGAAAUUUAGUUAUUGAACAUGAUCCAGAAUUUCUAAAUAGGUAGAGUACGUGAACAAGAAGGUGUGAGCACCCGAAAAAGCUAGAGAAGUGUCUUGCCCAGGUUGUGUGUGAUGGCCUUGCUUUCUUGCAAUCUGAUUUCCUGAAGCUGCAAGAAGUUAACACUGCGUAAUAUUUAUUAAAGUAAAUUGGAAUACAUAAUAUAACAUUCCCAGUCACAAAGAAAGAGCAAAUAUGCUGUUUUCUGGUCCUGCAUGUUUGUUUGUUUUCUGUUCAAUAAAGCUGUGUUAUGAAGUUCAUACAUACAACCUUUCACACAUGUAAUAUUUGCCCCCCCAUCUGCAUUGUAAAAUGUAAAAAUCUAUAAAAGCAAAAAAGCAAAGUUCCCCUUAGUUGCUGUGAGAACUUAACUUUCAAGGAUAUGCCUGUCUGUGAUGCCAACAAAUAACAUGAAAAGUGUACUGUGACAAAAGACUGGUCGUCCUUUUGAGAAAAUGUCUCACUUGGUGGUUGUGCUUUUAAAUGGAGAUUAUUCAGAGGAUUUGUUUUGUUUUUUUAGCUGUUAGAUCAACUUGUGUAUAUAUAAAGAGAGAGAGACGAGAUUUGGAUAUAUUUUUGAAAAGAGAGCAGAAAGUCUUAUUUCGUAUAGAGUAACUGAUGCCUGAAAACAAAGACAGUACUUUUUAAUGAAGAUACAGCUGAUGAAAAUCGUUGAGGUUGGAAGCAAGUUUUCUUGGUUAUGGCUGGUGUGUCAUAGAUGUGCUAAGGUAGACACACUAUGGUUGAUUUAUACACAUGCACACAGAUUCCAUGUUUUUUAGUCUCCUUUAUUUGCCUUUCUCUAAAUAACGUGCAUGGAAUAUGCCUUAUUACAGAAUAAUUCUGAUCAUGAAUUGAAAAUGUAGAAGAGAAGUGCCUAUGGGGUAAUGCCAGUAAGGCAAGUAAGUUGAAAAAUUUGAUCUGUUUACUAUAUCACCAGUAAGCAUUUUAUAUACAGUUUCUUAUACCUCAGAUACGUUUAAUCUUUUUACAAUCAACUGAAGGAUAAAAUUGUUUAUUCACCAUAGCCACUGAUGGGAACUUCAACAAUGCUUAGCCCCCAAAUGCAGAUUUAACAAUUUGCCAUUUCUGGUAAUGAUCAUGGAAGACAUGCAAGUAACUCUAAUUUAAUUGGAUAGCUUUAUUAUACAAAGAGAUGGAAAGUUUACAAAGCAGUAUAUAAAUCUUAAUAUCAUUAGUUGCAUUUGCACUAAAUGUGAUGUAUUUUGCAAUUCUGUAAAUAAAAAUUACACUAAAUAUACUAUUGGUAAAGAAUACAUUUUACUUUUAGACAAGCGGAGUCACUUUAUUAGAGCUAGCCCUGCCCAGCUGAUAACUGGAGGCUUUCUGGGAUAUAUGGCAAGAGAUU